AUGAAUUUGCGACAUCCAAGCCCCAAGAUAGAGCCUGAAUCCAGCUCUAAUGACAUUCUCACCAAAUCCACUACCCAUCAUGUUUUACCAAAUAAUUCUGCCAGUACCACUGGGUCCAUGUUACGCCUGACAUUGUGGGUCUCAUUUGCCGGAUGGAUCUCAAACUUUGAUAAUGGCUACGCGGGAACAGUCCUGAUCAUGCCUUCUUACAAACGCGCAUUUGGAAGCUGCGAACAAGUUCUAGACCCGAGCACGUAUGCCGAUAUACAGCAUUGCUCGUUAACUCCAUUGCAACAAUCUCUCAUCAGCCUCAACUUCCUGUUCGUCGCCAUUGGAGGCGGAAUUGCCGGUGUAACCGGUCGAUACAUCGGACGGAGGUGGUCAAUCCAGAUUGGAAGCGCACUGGCUAUCAUCGGUGCUGGCGGAAUGCUUGGCACCAGCGGAAGCUUCCUUCGCUACAUGGUGUGCAGAUCAAUCGGUGCUGUGGGAAUUGGACAGCUGAUAGCAGCCAGUCUCACUUAUGGCUCCGAGUGCAUCAUCGCCAGCAAACGCGGGCUGUCUUUGGGACUGUAUAAUGUCGGACUCGCCGGUGGGAAUGUUGCUGCUUUCGCGGUAUGUGCUGGUUCUGCUCGUCUGGAGCCCACCAACGACUGGCAGUGGAAGACGCCUAUCCUAUGCCAAAUACCCCUAGGAGUUAUUCUUGGUGCUGGAAUCUUGAUGAUGCCUGAAUCUCCGCGAUGGCUCAUGGUACAUGACCGAGAGGAGGAGGCACGGAACUCGUUCGGCGUGCUAUACGGCCAAAAUCCGUUUUCGCCAGAAAUCACCGCGCAGAUUGAUGAGGUCAAAGUCAAUCUUGCAAAUGAGCGCGCAGGCCACAAAUCUGUCUCGUGGUUUGAUAUUUAUGGCAAGAAGCAUAUCGGUCGCACCUUGAUAUCGACAAUGAUUAUGAUUGGGUCCGCCAUUACUGGUAUCCAAUUUGUACAACCGUACGCUACACUUUUUCUCAAAGGAGUUGGUGUCAGUGACCCGUAUUUAAUUAAUGUCAUCAUUGGCUUGUGCAUCUUAGGAGGAUCUCUUUUUGGUCCCUUCUUUGUGGAAUAUGGCGGAAGGCGAAUCGCCAUGCUUUCAGGCUAUACUGUUAUGGCUGUCUGCAUGCUCACUCUCUCCUCUGUGAGUACCGCUCUGGGGUCAGGUGAAGAUGCGGAAAUAGCGAUGGUUGUUCUUCUGUGUUUCUGGGCUUUUGUCUUCGGUGGAACUAUUGCUGCCAGUGUCAACCUGGCUUCUGUGGAGAUGCACAGCGUCUCACUUCGCACCUUCGGACAAGCCAACACCACAGUCUUCUACGGCAUAUUUUCCUUCGGUGCAACAUUUUGGACCCCGUACAUGUUAGGCGCGGAUUACGGGAAUAUGGGACCCAAUGUGGGUUAUUUUUAUGCAGGUGUUACCGCCGUCAUCGGAAUUUUAACCUUCUUCCUCGUGCCAGAGACUGCUGGAAUUACCCUGGAGCAGAUUGACGAAAGGUUUAAUUCAGGAGCAAAGGCAUGGAAAACGUCACUGUCAAAAAAUAAAGCCAUGGCUUCCUCGCAUGAACGGAGCGUGGCGAAUGGAGACGUUGGAGCUUAA